CGAAGAAGAAGGUAGCCGUGACGUCUGGCCGUGGUUGGUUGUUGUUGUUUAGCAACCAUUUGCUAGUUAACGGGUAGUUUACCUUUGACAUCGUAUAUGGCGCAUUAAGCUGUUUUCGAGUAUAUGUGAGGUUUAAAGGGGAUUAAAAUGGCCCUGCAAAGCUGAGGAUCCAGUGAUGCCAUAGAGGUAGGAGGCACUGCCAGGGCUCCUCCACCGGAGGACGAGAGGUCUCCUUAGCAAUGGCAACCGAACUUCAUGAGACCAUAUUCAUGGCCAAGCAGGAGCGCCACAAAAACCUGUUUCUUAACUACAAAAACCUGAACAUUUUCCCCGUGGAGCUGCUGAAAGAUGAAGGCCUGCAGUUUCUGGAGAGACUUUACAUGAAGAGAAACUCACUCACUACACUGCCUGACAAUCUUGCUCAAAAGCUCCCGAAUCUCAUUGAACUGUAUUUGCACUCAAACAACUUGGUCAUUAUUCCUGAGGCUAUUGGAAACUUGGCCAGACUGCAGUCGUUAGACCUGAGCAAUAAUGCCCUGCAGGUUCUCUGUCCAGAGAUCGGCAGACUGAGGUCUUUGCGGCACCUGAGACUGUCCAAUAACCAGCUCAAAUGCCUUCCUCCAGAGAUUGGUGAUCUGCAGGACUUGGAGACGCUUGACGUGUCGAUGAAUCAGCUGAUGUCUCUACCGGACCGACUACAUCGCUGUCUCUCACUACAGAAUCUGACAGCGGACCACAACCUGCUGAGCCACGUUCCCCGGCAGCUCUGCUGGCUCCACCGCCUUAACCAGCUCUCUAUGGCAGCUAACCGGCUGACUUUCCUACCACUGGAUCUGGGCAGAUCACGGGAGAUGCAGUUUGUGUUUGUUGACAACAAUGUGGACCUGAAAGGACUCCCGUCCUACUUGUACAACAAAGUUAUCGGCUGCAGCGGAUGUGGCUUAUCUGCUCAA